AUGACCCAAAGAAACAGAAACAGUAGACGUAAGAGCGAUCCAGCUCUGCCGUUUCGCCCCACUCAAGAGAAAGUGACGGUGGCGGCGGAGUUACCAUGGGGUCUCCCUAAAAUUGUACCCAUUGUGGCGUUGGACUACUCUCUCCCAAUUGGCUCUUUUGCAGGACAAUCUGUCCUCCUGGACUUGUUCAGUCUUUUUGAGAGGAAAUUGCAGAGUGUAGCUGAAGAGCCUGUGGAGAAAUUACUGAACAAAUCAUUGCAACGCGGUGGUGAUCCCUACUUUGAUAAUAUAUGUCGUACACUACAUGGAAUAAGUGAACUCUGCUUGCCAUCAGUUGUUAACGCUCUUAUUGGAUGGCAUCAGCGAAUG